GCAAUCUAGAACCUCGCCAUCUCUCUCACUUGACGAUAAUGGACGACGUCAACGCCGGCGACUCGGUUCAUCAUCAUCUCCGGAUCCAUCCGAUCACUCGCAAGCACAAGCACCUGCCAGUACGGAUUCUGAGGACGAAGACGACGUCGUGGAUGCUGUGGGCCAGCUCUCCUUGAACGAGGACGAACAAGUCCGGUAUCACGGAAAGGCAAGUGGUCUUUACCUGUUGGGGUAUAAUGCGAAGGAGGAAGCUCGGAAUGAAGGCGGAAUAUGGUGAGCGAUUUGUUCGAUGAUAUGUUGCAUGAAUGUCUCACAUGUCACAGGCGCUUCCCAAAGGCCCGUGUCUGGCCACCACUCCCUCCAGCUGGUACAAAUACAACGUCGCCCAUAAUUCCUAGUAUUGAUGCGCUGACGAGUUCUGCCGCAAGCCCGACCACAACCAACAGCCCUUUGAUGGGUUUAUCUGUCAUGGACAUGGAUCUGAGCAGCGUCAUGCCUGAUCCGGCUGUUCAGGAGCAUUUAUUGGAGAUAUAUUUUACUUAUGUACAUUCGGCGUUCCCGGUGUUGCUCAAGGAGGCUUUCUGGGAGGGUUACAAGGCGCAUCAGAAUCCAUCUGCAGAUACACCGUCGCCCACGUCCGAUGGUCAGGGUUCGAAGUCUCCGUCGUCUUUUCACCGUGCCCGCCGUAAUAUUUCUCCGCUUUUACUCCUCAGCAUGUUUUCCAUUGCCGAACGCUAUUCACCAUCUUCCUCCUUCCCACCGAACUCCCCUCCCCCUCCAUCGGCAUCGUCGCCCCGAGAGCCAACCCCGAUGUGGACUGCAGGUGAUCAGUACUUUAACGUCGCUAAGAAACUUCUUGACAACACCUAUGCAUCUUCGUUGCCAAGCACCGUGCAAGCUCUUCUAUUACUCGGGUACCGCGAGAUUGGCAUUGGUGCCAUGGCACAAGCCUGGGUGUACACGGGCAUGGCGGUACGUAUGGCGCAGGAUCUUGGUAUGCACCGCGCAGCCGACGGCUGGGCCCGUGUGGACGUCGGGCGUCUAUUCGGCCCCCGGGAGUUACAGGAACGGCGGCGGAUAUGGUGGGGAUGUGUCGUACUCGAUGGGUAUGUGAGCACGUAUAUUGGAAGGCCGCUUGCAAUCUUCGAGCGGGAUUACGAUACACUCUUGCCGGGCGAGGAUGAGGCGGAGGAGAUGGAGUUGUGGAUUCCUCAUGAGUCGCUGCCGCCUGAUUCCCGCGGACAUGGGUAUCCACCUAGUGCAGAGAUGAGGUGUUCAACAACCGGACGUGUACUAUCUAGCUUUAAUGCUUCUGCAACUCUCUCGACUAUCCUUUCCAAGCUCGUACAGUCGAUGUAUGCCAUCCGUCCCGUGACUUCUCGGCACGCUGAGGCGGUACAACUUGAGGAGCUGCUAAAUAAGUGGUACCUCGACUUGCCCGAGCAUUUACAAUUGAAGCAGGGCGCGACCAUUCCGCCCCAUAUCUUGACAUUGCACAUGCAAUAUUGGUGUACGACAUUGCUAUUGCAUCGCCCCUUCAUAAGGAAUACGUACCUUCUAAAUAAGGGGAAAUCGGAUAAUGUGGAUGAUGCAGAAGCGUGUGCGACGAGUAAGAAACAUUAUGAGCUGUGCGUGGGUGCUGCAAACCACAUCUCAUCUAUCGUUUCAUCUUAUCGGGAAAAGUACUGUCUGCAACGCGCGCCCGUUUUUCUCAGUUUCUAUAUUUUUACGGCGGGUAUUAUGCAUGUCACGAGCACGUCCAUCUUCCCGAAUGACCCUCAAUCACGGAUAGGUCUGUUCAGGUGCAUGGAUGCACUACAAGACAUGGAAAUUGUCUGGCCCUCCGCAGCACGUGCCAAUGAGCUUCUUCGGGGCUCAAACGUCAUGGCAAAUCCCUCGAACUCUGGCCAAGCGUGCCUUUCAUUUACUUCUCGGGAUCGCCAGAAGCGGACAGCUGAGCAUUCAAUAGACUCAGAGGAUGCAUACGAGCGUUCGCAGUCGCAGGCCCUACCCUCAAGUGGCUCGCCUCACAUACCAGGGUCGGGACAAGGGUACGCCAACACCUGGCGAUCGACUCAGUUUAGCGGAACGUCGCACGAUGUCGGUCACUCUCAGGAGUCUGGUGCUGGGCGGCAUACUGACUUUGCUGGGGCAUCUAUCUCAACUUCGCAACCAUCGUAUUACCCGUGGACCUCUGAUGGAUCUUCAUAUCUCUCGUUCCCGAGCACAUUGUCUACGUCUGUGCUUCCGCAGAUGUAUAGCACAGGCUUGGUCGACAGCCGUCGGGCGGGGAACUUGCAGUCCUCGACUUCACAUCAAGGACAAGCGCGGCUGGCUAUACAUGGGAGCGGAUCUGGUACAUAUACCAGUGAUCAACCUGGGGUAGGGCGGUAUCCGCAGUUUUGGAAUGACUAUACGUCGUUCCCACAGAUGGGGGUGGCUUAUAGCCAGUCUCAUCCUCAGCAGCCACCGCAACAACAGGAUCCCAUGUAUAUGAGCGGACAGUAUGGCGGUAUUUACAAUAAUCAUCCUACAUCUUAAUCUAAUCAAGUGGAUUGUACCACAUCUACCUGAGCGGACAUGAAGCACUAGUAGACCUCUCACGACCUAAUGUAUUACAUCCUAUCAGACACCCCAAAAAUGUUUCUAUUUCACCACAGUGCUAUUCCCUCGUUGUAUCCGUUCUACCCUCCUGCUUACCUGGCUGUGUAAUUCGCUUCGAAAGGACUCUAUUUGUUAUGUUUUUAUGUGUUAUAAACUUAUAUCCCUGCUUCCCUCAGGCGCUUUGUUUGAAAUUGUUCCGCCAAAUGUUGUGCCGACAGCCUGUAUUGUAAAACCUUCAAUACCAACAUGCAUGAUUUGAAUAGCGAUGCGUAACUCGUGUAGUGAUGAGACCUUUUGUGCGAUAAAUGAAGAUAACA